UGGUCUACAGGGCGGAAGCAGGUAAUGGCGGCGUAAACAACGAUAAUAGUUCCAAGAUAGUGCUGAGUCGAUUUGCUUUCGAAUAUAAAGCUGUACCUAAAUGGAGCAUAAUAUCGACACUAAGAGGACUUCUACUCGGUGUGAAAGCUAUUUAAAUCCCAGUGCUUCACUUCUUGGUGGAGUUUAGUCGCUAGUUUAGACUAGCUUUAGCAGUUGUUGCUAAUAUAACGGAAAAGUAAGAUCGAGUCACUUUGCAAAUAUGGACUGCGUCGUCACGGGAGGAAACGUAAAAGUGCUGGCCAAAGCCGUCCACUCUCUGUCAAGGAUCGGUGAUGACCUGUACGUGGAGCCUCAGAAAGAUGGACUGGCCCUGCGGUCUGUGAACUCUUCUCGGUCUGCAUAUGCUUGUUUCCUGUUCGCGCCACUCUUUUUCAGCAGGUACACCAUCCCUAGUUCGUAUGCCUUCCGCUGCAAGAUGGCAAUAAAGAGUGUACAGGCCGUGUUUAGGUCUCUGGUAUCUCUGGAGAAGACAGUGGAAAAGUGUCGCAUUGAAUUGGAUGAUCAGAAGAACCGCCUCACCUUCACCCUGCACUGCAAGCAUGGCCUCCUGAAGACACAUAACCUGUCUUUCCAGGACAGUGAAAGCUUACAGGCAGUGUUUGAUAAGGACAGCUGUGGCAAUGUAUUCAGGGCCCAACCCAGGCUGCUGGUGGACACAGUUGUGCACUUCCCUCCGUCUCUGGAAGAGGUGACUGUGUCAGUGAGUGAUGAUCGGAUGUGGGUCAGGAACCAUGUGGAAGAUGAAGCAGAGCAGUCUAAGGCCAUGCUGACUGAGCUGUGUCUGGCUGCAGAUGAGUUCGACCAUUUUGCCGUCCAAGCUCAGAACAGGAUCACCUUCUGUUUAAAGGAGCUACGGAGUUUGUUAGUGUUCGCAGAGUCCACUGGGCUCCCCAUUUCUAUGUACUUUGAUGAGCCAGGCAGCCCUGUCGUGCUUUCUGUAACAGACAGUGUCCUGGAGGGAAACUUUGUGCUGGCCACGCUGUCUGAUGACCCCAACCACUGUAAAGACAACAAUAGACGUACGUGCACACAGCCGCCACCUCCUCCUGAUGACUUCAUGAAUGAUGACAUGGACUCCUACCUCAUUGCCAUGGAUACCAGUAUUGCACCAGUUCCCUCCACUACCGGUCCAUCCACAUCUCCAUUAGUUGCUUCCACGUGCUCAAAGCAGCCUGCAGCAGUCAGUCACAGGUCAAGGAAACGCAAUGAGGAGGAAAAAGGGAAGGAGGGAGAUCGGACAGCCGAUUUAAACAGACCGCCUGAUAAGAAGUUCUGCUCCCUGUUCUUUGGAUCGGUGCUUCCCCCGUCUCCUCAGAUGAGUACUCAGCCAAUAACACAUCAGAAUGUGUUGGCCAGUGACAGUGAAGAUGACACUUGUAUGGAGUGACAGUGGACUGAUGGACGAGAGGACAGAGAUGAACUGACCUGAAAGUGGGUGCAUGUAUGUGCACUUAGAUUAUUUCUGUUAAACCAUGCUACAGUACCUGGAACACUUGGACCCUUGUUUUUACAAGUUUUGUACUGCAAGUGUUUUGUUUUGUUUUGUUUUGUUUUGUUUUGUUUUGUUUUUUUUACAUGGACAGAAAUUUGCAGAGGCCAUCAGUACAGCACAAGUGUAUUUCAGCUUUUUACUGGACCAUAUUGGUGGAAAUCUGGGAUUCUGUGAAACUACACAUGAAGCACUUCUCGUUUAUUUUUGUUUGGAUUCUCUUUGGUUUUUAAUCAAGAAUCAGUGAAAAAGACCAUCCAAAUAAAACUGCUAUUUUUCCAAGUA